CACGUCUCCGGUGGGGGAUGGAUUUGGGAAUACCAUAGCGGAACUCUUCCUGCAGCCUCCGGCUCCUAAGGUCAUGUUUUUGCAGUUGUGAUAUGAAGUAGAGAAAGAAGUUCAAAUAUGUCUUGGUUUACUGAUCUGGCUGGGAGAGCUGAGGAUUUUCUGAAUUUAGUUGAUCAAGGAGCUGCAACAGCUCUGAAGACCAAAGAUGGAAACGACCUCAUCAUGGAUAGCACUACUGACUAUUCAGGCAAUUUUGAAGAGAAACAGAAGACCACUGAGAAAUAUCAAUCCCAGGCAAAAUCUAGCUUUAUCUCCUCUGCAGCUGACAAUAAAAAACACCAAAAAGCAACCAUGUUAGCUGGUACAGCUAAUAUUAAAACUGGGACCAGGUCAUCUAUAGAAAGCUCCCAUAAUUCUUCAGUAAACGUCUCAUCACAUAGGUCUACCACUCAGUUUGUGAGACAGAAGAAGUCUGAGCCUGAUGAUGAGCAGCUGUUUGACUUUCUCAAUAGCUCAGAUAAAGUACACAGCAGCAGUCAAAAGGAAACAAGGAAGGAAUCUGCUUCUGUCAAUCAGGCUGUAAAACCAAUUUCUCAGAGUGUCACGAUGGCUGAGGACUUCCACAAUACAACUGAAGAUGCUGGGGUUCCAUUACUCCCCGAACUUGGAAUAACUGAACCUGUGGUCAAAGCGGAAACAUUGUCAGACUCUGGUUCUAGUGCAAGCCUUUCAACUACUGGAGACCCGAAGUCACAUGAACUGUCUAACCUACGCUUGGAGAAUCAGCUAUUAAGAAAUGAGGUGCAGUCUCUCAAUCAAGAAAUGGCAUCUCUAAUUCAGAGGUCCAAGGAAACACAGGAAGAACUGAAUGAGGCAAGGACGAGAAUGGAGAAGUGGAAUGGAGAUAAUUCCAAAAAUGACCGCACUGCACGAGAACUUCGAGCACAAGUGGAUGAUUUGAGUGAGGCCAUGGCUGCAAAGGAUUCACAACUGGCUGUCCUGAAGGUCAGGCUACAGGAAGCAGACCAGUUGCUGAAGAGCCGAACAGAGACUCUGGAAUCCCUCCAGAGUGAGAAAUCUAGAAUACUGCAAGACCAAAGUGAAGGAAGCAGUAUUCACAACCAGGCAUUACAGACCAUGCAAGAGCGGCUUCGAGAAGCAGAGUCAACACUGAUAAGGGAACAGGAAAGUUACAAACAGAUACAGAAUGAGUUUGCUACCCGACUGAGUAAAAUUGAGGCAGAGCGUCAGAAUCUGGCAGAAGCUGUUAUCCUGGCAGAGAAGAAGCACAUGGAAGAGAAGAGAAAGAGUGAUGAUUUGCAGCAGCAGUUGAAAACCUCCAAAGUUGGAUUAGAUUCCCUAAAACAAGAAAUGGCUGAUUACAAACAGAAAGCAACACGGAUACUACAGUCAAAAGAAAAGUUGAUAAACAGUCUGAAAGAAGGGUCUGGUAUUGAGGGACUGGACAGUCACAGUGCAAGCACCAUGGAGCUGGAGGAGAUGAGACAUGAGAGAGACAUGCAAAGAGAAGAGAUCCAGAAGCUAAUGGGGCAGAUCCAACAACUGAAAGCUGAGCUGCAGGAUGUGGAGACCCAGCAGGUGAGUGAGGCAGAAUCUGCCAGAGAACAGUUGCAGGAUGUGCAUGAGCAGUUCGCUACGCAACAAAGAGCCAAGCAAGAGCUUGAGGCAGAACUGGAACGGCAGAAGCAGGAGUUUCAGUACAUUCAAGAAGAUCUUUACAAGACAAAGAAUACACUGCAGGGAAGAAUCAGAGAUAGAGAGGAUGAGAUUCAGAAACUGCGAAAUCAGCUUACCAACAAGGCCCUGAGCAGUAGCAGUCAAACUGAGCUGGAAAAUCGUCUCCACCAGCUGACUGAAACUCUGAUACAGAAGCAGACCAUGCUGGAAAACCUAAGCACUGAGAAGAACUCCCUAGUGUAUCAACUAGAAAGGCUUGAGCAUCAGCUGAAGAACGUACAAGGGAGUAGCUUGAAUGGAACUUCCAUCAACAUGUCAGUAAUAGAGAGCAAUGAAGGUGCCAGAAUGAGAAAUGUUCCAGUACUUUUCAGUGAUUCAGACCCUAAUGUUGCCGGGAUGUAUGGCAGAGUUCGGAAAGCCGCUACCAGUAUAGACCAGUUCAGUAUACGCCUAGGAAUAUUUUUAAGAAGAUAUCCUAUUGCAAGGGUGUUCAUUAUCAUUUAUAUGGCCCUGUUACACCUCUGGGUAAUGAUUGUUCUUCUGACCUACACACCAGAAAUGCACCACGACACCCCCUCUGGCAAAUAGCAAGCACGACUAAAGAAGUACAUCCUUAUUUUCAGACAUGCCAUACUAAUUCAGCCACUGUUUAACUGGUGCAAUCGUUGCAUCUGCGUUCUCUGAAUAUUUUUAUGGGCACUACAACCUUUAGAAGGUCAAUGCAUAGAAUAUUUUCUGGUGGCGGGCAUUCUAAUCCUUCUGUUUCAAUAGGUGUACUUUGGUACAUGGAAUGGUGAAUGCCUUAAGUGGCAUUUUUGGGAUUUAUUUGCACAGAGGAUGUCUGGAAGCCAAAAGCUACAAUCAAUAUAUGUCUGAGGAGCAAAGAUGGCAGGCAGGUGGACUAAAAUUACUUAGCAGAUGCUUAGCUAAAUUGUUCAGUUCCAUCACCCAAAAA